AUUCUGUGUAAAAUUGACUCUACAGAGAAGUGUCAGGCAAGCCAUUAAUCAUAAAAAAACAAACAAAAAAACAAAGUACUUUACUUUGGACCUGUGGUGGACUGGUAAACUGCCCAGGGUGUUCCCCACCUGAUCAAAUAUGAUCGUUUACUGUCAUUUAUACAAAACAAUGCAACGGGCAUCACAUUUCUUUUAUUCAAAUGUUGUUGUUUUUUGAAUGAGCAUCACUAGUAGACUUUAAAAAUAAAACUCAAUUUGACAUUAAGUGGUGAAAAGUAUUAUUUUUCUUCUUCUUGAAGAAUCAGAUUUGUUAACCAUCAGGAAGAUUUUUUUAAAAAGUUAAUUUUGCAUGUUUUUUGUUCAAUCAUUUUAUCAUUAAAUAUGACACCCUCUCAAUUUACAUGCGAAUGUGAAUAAUUUAGUGCAGAAAAGGGAUCUAUUUACCUCUCUGGGAUGUGUGCGCGCGCGUAACCGUGCACCCGCUAUAUCAUUUGGUCUGCAACUAUGUUCGCGCUGUUUUUUUUUGUUUGUUUUUUUGAGAAUCCGUGGAUAGCACAAAAGGUUUACAAACUUUUAUUUUUGAGCGUUUUAUGGAUUUUAUUUAUAACUGUUUAUUAAUAUUCCAGAAAAAGGUUUAUUUUGAAAAAUAGCUUGUUUCCAUCACCAGUUCUUCGCGUGUUAUUUAGGUCAUUGACUUCCGUUGGUACAAGCUGUGUUCAGCUCUGGUUUCUCCAUUAGAUCUACAUCUGCCUCCUAAGCGGUCCGCCUGCCCGCGCGCGCGCUGGCAUCUCCUGCGCCACGCGUGCACGCCUCUUCCUUACUUCUUAAUGCUCCGCGUGCGCUCGACGGCUGUUAACUGGAAAACAAUUAUCGAGUUCCAGCAGGAAAGAUGCUCUCGGUGGGUUUUCGUUUCAGCACGCUGGACAGCGCUUGGGGAAGUUGGCGCGCACUGCUGCGCCAGGACGCACGGGGAUUCUACUGAAUUUUCUUGGUGGGAUCUGCUGGAGACACGGGGGACGCGUGAUCAUGGUUCAUCUGAGGUGUUUAUCAGUAAAGAGAGGCGCGUGUGACCCCAAAGUCCCGGUGUGAGACAUGGACUUGGCUGAGAGCAUCACCGCUUUGCUGAUUUUCGUGGUCGCCGUCGUCUCCUUGUUGUCCAACUUGUUGGUGCUGCUAUGUUUUGUUCACAGCAGCGAGAUCCGCCGCCAGGUGCCCGGGAUUUUCACCAUGAACCUGUCCUUCUGUAACAUCCUCAUCACCGUUCUAAACAUGCCAGCUACUUUGCUGGGGAUUAUCCGGAACCAGCAGCCCUUCGGGGACUGCGUUUGCCACACAGUCAGCUUCCUGGAGACUUUCCUGACUGCCAACACCAUGCUGAGCAUGGCAGCCCUCAGCAUUGACCGCUGGAUCGCCGUGGUGUUCCCGCUCAGCUACUCCACCAAGAUGCGCUACAAGGACGCGCUGAUCAUGGUGUGCUACUCCUGGCUGCACUCCUUCACCUUCUCCCUGACGGCGCUGCUCUACUCCUGGGUUGACUACAGCCACGUUUACGCGUCGUGCACCUUGCAGUCGAGCGAGGAGGGCAGCGGCAGGAUCAAGUUCACGGUCUUCACCGUCGUUUUCCACGCCACGAGCUUCAUGCUGUCCCUGCUCAUCCUGUGUUUCACCUACUUAAAAGUGCUGAAAGUUGCCAGGUUUCACUGCAAGAGGAUCGACAUCAUCACCAUGCAGACCCUGUUCCUGCUGGUGGACAUUCAUCCAAGCGUGAAACAAAGGUGUUUAGCAGAGCAGAAGAGGAGAAAGCAGAGAGCCACGAAGAAGAUCAGCAUCUUCAUAGGCUCCUUCAUCCUCUGCUUUGCGCCUUAUGUAAUUACAAGGUUGGCCGAGCUUUUCCCGUUCGUGGACGUGAACCGCCACUGGGGAAUCAUCAGUAAGUGCCUCACCUACAGCAAGGCUGCGUCCGACCCCUUUGCCUACUCACUGCUGCGUCAGCAGUACAAGAGAGUCCUGGUGACUGUCGUUAACCGGCUGCUCCGCCGCGACCUGUACCCUUCGUCGGGCCACACGAGUUCUUUAGACACAGAGAACGACUUCUGUCUUCAGAGGGUCAGCUAAUGCCACGCACAGACACAACUGAUACAAACCAGAUUGCAGGCCUGGGAAAAGGUUGGAAGGGUAUGAGAGGAGACAGCAGGGGAAGAAGUGACCAGGGGAGAAAAGAUGGCACAGACAGGGGUCGGAUUGUGGGUGGAGGAUGGAAAAACUAAAGAGAGCAACAAGAAGAAAAGCUGUGGGUGGAGAAGAAAGAAAAGACAGCAAUGAGGGGGUGGACAGAUGGAAACAAGCUGAAGAGAAGAAUAGGUGAGGGAGUGAUAGAGUCGUAAACAAGGUGUCAGGGAAUCAUCAGUGUCAGCAAAACACACAGAUGAAAACAAAUCCAACCUGUCCGUUAGGGUUUGGGGUUGAUCUUCACCUGAUGGACCACACAGCUGGAGCAAGGCUUCCUCAACUCCUCAAGAGACGCUUAAAAAAGGGGUUCUCCGUCAAAAUCUUUUCAUCUGGUAAUUAUUUUGGCAAAGCCACGCUUCCCGGAGACGCCGCAGAAGCUGGCCGGCAACCGUUGAUUCCCACGGAGAGGUGGAGACUCAAAUGCUGCAGAUUCUAGCCAUGUUCUAUACUGACAGUGUUUCUCUGAAGUGUCUUGUCCAUCACUGGAAGUUGAAGCACUUUGUUGACAUUUCUGUAGAGUUUAUAUCAUUAGAGAAGCUAAUACAAGUUUACAGGAACUUCCUGGUGACAGAUUGCAUCGUUGGUCUUGUCAACAAAUUCCAUAAGAAGACAAAAAUCUGCAAACGAAUACUUCAAUGCUUUUAAUGUUGUUGUUGUCUGCUUUGGAAAUGAAAUAGCAAAAACCUGAGAAAAAGUUGGUUUUGCAUCCCUAAUGAAACCAGAAUCCAACCACUUUUGCUCUCAAACUCUCACAUAAGGUGAACUAAGAAAGAGUGUCUUUACUAAAAUUAAGUUGCAGUUGGCUUUUCUGGAAAGUUGACCGACUUCCCAGAGAAAAACUUGCUGUUGCUGCUUUGAAAAUAUCCAUUUUCAAAGCAGCAACAUCCAAGCAUUCUUGUUGUCAACUUGCAAACCUGCUCAGACAGGUUAUUUCUUACCCAAGUAAAGAAAUAAAUAAAUCAAACCAAAACUUCUAAAGCAAAAAAGGCCUAAAUCUUACCAAACAGUGCAUUGUAUACUCACUCUUAACUCAGCUGUAGCAACGCCCGCAUCUGAGCAAACAGAGUACACAACCAAACUUUAUCAAACCUUACAAAAUAAAGAAAUGUCCAAACCUGACCAGACAUAGUAAUUAGCGGUGUAAUGAUUCAUUUUAACAAUCUGAUUCACUUCAUAAUUUGUGGUUGGCAAUACGAUUCAUAGUCGAUUUUGGUUCAUUUUGAACAAUUCGAUUCAUGGACCUAAAAUGGAUCCAGGACAUCUUUUGCCAAAACUUCAGCCAGUGUGACUCAAAGAUAAAAUACCUGGCUACUGAACAGUGCAGGUAAAGUUUUCCCGAUUCCUUGGAUUUCUUCAAGAUCAUCAAGUGUAAAUUAAAUAUGCGUACAAACAAACAAGUUAACAGGAAUGAAUGUCAGUCCUAGUUUUCUAGUUUUAUCAAGUUCAGCCCACUGUUGUUUUUCUACAUCAAAAUAAUCCAAAAGGAACAUUAUUAGAGCAUUCUACCACACUGUAUUCUCACACGUCUUUGCUGGAUUCAUAGUGUUUCCACACACUGGACUGUAAUGAUGGCGUGAUCUGCUGUUAUCACAUGUGAAUGGUGUCCGCUGUGAUGCACUUGGUUGUUUUUUACACUAUAGUAAUGUGUCUCAAUCCAAACAGUAUUUUCCAAUAUCAAUAUUAUUGAUUUAUUUAAUCUGAAAACAAAUAUUAUAAUAGUAUAGAUCGAUUUGAUUAAUAACUUGCCUCAGACAGAUCGAUCUGGUUGGAUCGUAGGAAUAGGAACAAUUCAUCAAUUAAGUUGAUUUUAAUCGUUACACCCUAAAAGCAAAGUGGUGCCUAAACCUAAAUAGAGUAAUGGAUACGCCUAACUGGAGCAUUGUCUACAACGAAACAAACAGAAUAGUGACUCAACCUGACUAAAACAGACUGAUGCCUAAACCUAACCUCAUUCAAACAGACAGAACAAUAACCAAAUAUGACCAGAGUAAUUGUCAGAUCUGACAAAUACGAUUGAUGCUGAAACCUUUACAAAAAUAGCAACGUGGACAAUGACUGUGACUGAUUUAACUUGAACCCGCUAACACCGGAGCUGUAGCUUUCAACUACCUUGACUCUUCAACCAUUUACGCAAUUAACGUAAGUCCAGCGGAUGCUGAAGUGGGGAAAAGCAGCUUCGGGCUAUCACGCAACACUGAACAUUAGUAAUGAGUUGCAAAGCUGAAAAGCUGCUUUACUCCAAGUCAGAAUCAUCUGAUUCACGUUGAUUGUGAUGACUUAUGGUACAUCAAAGAGUUUGUGUUAUUUAGGUGUGGCCGGCGACAUCUCCAGUGUCAAAGGUUAAUUUUCUGGAUGAAACACCUGCUAUGAAAAAACAUAACUCCUAGACUUGGUUAUUUUUUUUUUAAAUUUUAGGAUAUUGACUUGACAGCUUUUGACUCUGGAUCAUGUUUAUUCCUGUUAAUUUAGCAAAUCAUGAGUAUCAGCAUAUGUAGUGCAAAGUUUACACACCACAUAAACAGAAUUGCUGCUCACCUUUCGGCUUAUCUCUUCAAGGGUCGCAACAGGUGGUUUGGCAGAGAUUUUUAGCCAGAGUCUCACCAGGUCCCCAGCCCCUUGUGGCUACAUAGUUACUCAGUAACGUGAAAGUUCUUGCACAUAAAAACACAUCCAUAAAGAAAAAAGCAACUUGUUCGGAUGUGUCUCAAUUAGUAUUUUGUUGCAACUCAACCAAAUCAAUAUGGCUUUGAAGCUUUUCAUGGAUUUUGUUGACAAUAAGACAAUAUUUCUCACCACGGGACUCCUAUAAAGUGUGUAUUUUCAGCUGAAUGUACCUAGAUAGUCACUGGAGAUGCAUUUGUAACAACUGUGCUUCAUUUCGGCAGUUGACUCAAAAGUUUUUUAUGGAUAUUUACACACUGUUACAUAUUUUGCACUGUACAGGAACAACCUUCUUGUUUAGGUGACUGGGCAGCAAUGUGAUGUAGCAGUGGUCUCGAAGUGCUUUAAAUCACACGGUUUUAGUGUUUGUGCCAGAAUUAAACAUGUGACUUAUUUUUGCUUUGUUUCAACUGUUCUGCUAGUUAAAACAGAGCAGCUGCUUUAUCAUGAAAAAGGUGUUUUUUUUGGAUGUACAUCCCUCACAUGUACUUCCUGUGAGGCACUUGCUGUUCUUUGCAAAGUAAUUCGCUAUAAGUGGAAUUUGUGCAAUAAAAGCUGUCAGAUAUGAAGCUAUUAAAGCUUCUAAUGGUUUCUCA